UUAGCAAAUUUGGAAAAUUAAAACUGCUUCGAGGUGGUUGGACAACUUCAAACCUACCUGUUCAUUUUUGUCAUUUUUCUCAAUUUAUCUGUUGGACACAUUCAAGGACAGUAAAGAGAAUGCUGUUGAAUCUUUUCGAAUGAAGUAGAAUAUGGAGUCAAUUGGUUUUGUGGCGGCUAUUACUAAACCAGAAAGUAUUAACAUUGCAACAUAGCAACCGAAGUAUCGAAGGACAGUGAAAACAUGGUUGUUCUCUUUUGUUUUGUGGUAUACAGUACGCAUCUUUGGGUGAAAAAUGUCUUUGACUGCGUAUUAGCUUAGGUUCUGACAUGAUUAGUCUGUUGGAAUGCCAAACCCAAAGAAACCAGAACAUAUGCUCCAACUUCUGCAGCAUUUCAUCAAACACUCAAACCAAAUCAAGCAAAUACAUUCCCUUCUCACAACCAGUGGCCGUCUCCUCCUUACCUCUCAAUGGAUCAACACACUUCUUUAUAACACUCUCAUCAGAGCUUACCUCAACAUUUCCCAGCCUCAAACAACUCUCAUCCUUUUCACACACAUGCUUUUUCAUCAAGCUCAACCAAAUAGCCAUACUUUCCCUUCCCUUAUCAAAGCAGCAUCAUCUUUCCCGCCCCAUUUGGCUUCCCAUAUAGGCAAACCCCUUCACUGUCAAGUCUUGAGAAGAGGGGUGUUGAGUGACCCCUACGUGUGUACAUCUUUUAUUGGGUUGUAUUCUCACGCGUGUGAACUCGGGAGUGCGCACAAGAUGUUUGAUGAAAUUCCUGAACCAUGCGUUGUUUCCUAUAAUGCGAUGCUUGAUGCCUGUGGGAAAAAUGGGGAUAUGGGUUUGGGUUUUUUGAUGUUUUCUCGCAUGCCUUACAGAGAUGUUUAUUCAUGGACUAGUAUGAUUCAUGGGUACAUGAAGAAUGGGUGCUCUGAAGUUGCUGUUAAGUUUUUCCAGCGAAUGAUGAUUCAUGAGGAUGUGAAGUGUGGUUUAAUGAAGCCAAAUGAGGCUACUUUUGUUAGUGUUCUUUCUUCUUUCACGUUUUUGGAUGUUAGUGUGGCGUUAUAUUUAGGGAGGCAAGUACAUGCUUACAUGGUAAAGAAUGAGGAGUUGAGUGUCUUCAUGACGACCGCGUUGAUUGCGUUUUAUGGGAAGAUGGGUUGUAUGGUAUAUGCUUCAAAGGUAUUCGAUGCAAUGGUUAUCAAGCAGGUUUGUGCUUGGAAUGCUAUGAUUUCUUCCCUAGCUUUGAAUGGUAGAGAGAAGCAGGCAUUAAUGAUGUAUGAGAAGAUGAGAGCAAGGGGGCUGCAACCAAAUGAUAUUACAUUCGUGGCAGUUCUAUCAGCUUGUGCGCGUGCCAAGCUUGUUGAUUUGGGGUUUAAAUUGUUUGAAAAAAUGUCGCAUGAAUUUGGACUUGUACCUAAGAUGGAACAUUAUGGUUGUGUUGUUGAUCUCUUAGGGAGAGCUGGGCUACUGCAAGAAGCAUAUGACUUUAUAAAAAAGAUGCCUUUUAAAGCUGAUGCCACUGUCUUGGGUGCGCUGAUGGGUGCUUGUAGACUUUAUGGAGGCAUUGAGCUGGGAAAUGAAGUAGCACAACUAUUGCUUAAGUCGCAACCGAGUCAUUCUGGGCGAUACGUGCAACUCUCAAGCAUUUAUGCUGGGGCAGAGAGGUGGGAUCAUGCUGCUGCCUUGAGAAAAGCAAUGUUAGAUGCUGGAAUACACAAGGUUCCAGCCCACAGUUUUAUUUAGUAUAGCUGAUAACUGCAGCAGUUUAUAUUUGCAAAAUUUUGUCGAUGAGCCUGCUUGGUGAUGAUAUUUAUGCUCAUCAAAAUCAGCUAAAAGAUCCAGCAUAUGAGUUUUGCACAGAGAUUGAAGCACUGCAUAAAGAAAGCUGAAGUCACAGCAGAUAAAAGUUCAGCAAUUUUUGAGGUGUCUUUGAGCUCAAGCUAAGUUAGAUUGACAGAUCAAGGAAAUGAUGGAUUUUUUGACGAGGUACCACUUUUUGUUUGACGAGGUGCACGGCAAACAUGGUUCCCAAAUCUGUUUGACGAGUUUUUUGCAGGUAUCAUUAUGCAAGUUGUUGCUUCAAGUUACUGUACGGGACUGAGGCGUAAUUGUUGUUGUAUAAUAAUGAUAUCUAUGUCAGCUUAUGUGCUGCUCGAUUAAUUAAACCAGUACCUUAUACUUUUCACCAACACAAAUAUCAGGUAACUCUACCAUCCGAGACUUGGGUAAAAUGGAACAAUUCAUCUAGUGUCAUCUCUGCUAGGAUUCUAACCUGGUUUCCAAGGUUGUUUCUCCAGCUUUUCAAUGCUAGACCAACCCCUCUGUGGUCGUCGCUUCAAGUUAUUAUAUGUUGACUAAUAUUGAUAUACCUUUCUCAUUUCCAAGUACGCGAGAUAUUGGAACUGUUUUAGGAAUUUUAAUGUGCUUCUACUGCGAUCCCAAUUUCCUAAAAUUGUAGCUUGCGUAUUGUACCUGAUCCCUAAACAUUUUAUUAGCAACCAGUAGAGUUUCACCAAUUCAAUGGCAUUAUUCUAAAGUUCCUCUUUAGGUACUUAAAUGACACAAAACGCUAUGAGCAAUGCAGAUUUAAGCGUACAAAUUUCGCUAAUAUAUCUCAUUAUUAACAUUGUACGAUCAUGAAAUUC